AUGUCGCCCACCAUCCGGCGCCUCAUGAAAGAGGCCGCCGAGCUAUCAGCUUCAUCGUCCUCGCCCUCGCCGCACUUCUGCGCGCACCCCGUAUCCGACUCAAACCUGUUCGACUGGCACUUCACCAUGGCCGGACCUCCAGCACCCUCACCAUACGCCAGCGGAAUCUACCAUGGCCGCAUAGUGCUACCACCGACUUACCCCCUGCGACCACCGUCAUUCCGCUUCCUGACGCCCUCGGGCCGUUUCGAGGUCAACCGCGAGAUCUGCCUGAGCAUCAGCGGCCACCACGAGGAGAGCUGGCAGCCCGCCUGGGGCAUCCGAACCGCGCUGACGGCCAUCCGCAGCUUCAUGGACGGCGACGCAAAGGGCCAGCUGGGCGGGCUGGACGCUACGGACGAGGUGCGCAAGAUGUGGGCUGAGCGGAGUCGCUCGUGGAGCUGUGACUGCAUGGAGGGAAAGACAAAUGAGCAAUUCCUCAACGAGUGGCGGGAGGUGUGUCUAGAAAAGGGCGUCUCGGUCGAUGACGAGGGCAGAGAGACUGUCCCCGAGGAGUUGAGGAUGAGCUAUAAGAAGCAGUCGGAAGAGGCCAAAACGAAGUCGGAGCAGACCGAAGAAGCUGUUUCGAGUGAGGCAACUCCGGAACAACAGUUUCAAGAACCGAUCAUCCCUGUUCCUCAAGAAACAUCCACUCCUGCAGAACCCGAGAGGCCUGCUCAGCCCGCACAGUCUGUCCCACAACCAACGCCCACGAGAACGACGACGACUACCACCAUAACUACUACAACCAACACGAUACAAACAACCACGCCCGCAAACCCAUCGCCACAAGACAACCCCUGGCUGGACCGGGCCAUUGUCGGCGUGGUGAUAGCACUGCUAUUCAUGAUCAUGCGAAGGAUGGCCGCCGCCGAUGACCUCUAA